AUGGAUCUCAUCAACAUAGUAAAGGAUUUAAAGUUAUUAACUGUCUUGUUAAUUAUUUGCAGUAAACAAGUUUUUUGUUCCCUGGCCGAAACAUCAUCACGUUUCCUGACUUUGCCCCAGUCACAGUCAAUUGCCGAAGGAGAUACAGCUGAUUUUAAUUGCCAUGCCACACCCACCCGUGGCCUAAUCUAUUCCUGGACAUUGAAUGGCCAAUUAAUUCAAAAUUCCAGCCGCAUCUAUCAAAACGGUUCCGAUUUACAUAUUGAAGCGGUUAGCCGUGAAUCGGAUGCCGGUGAUUAUGUAUGCAUAGCCACUAAUGUGGCAAGUGGAGCACGUCAGGCAUCGCCACCGGCACGUUUGACUGUCAUAUGGAUUCAAACUGCCAACGUUCAAUUAUUGGCCAAUUAUCAGCACGAAGUGAUUUUAAAAUGUCACGUUGAGGCAUCAUCCGGUGAUGGCAUGCUGGAAAUUGAAUGGUUCCGUAAUAGUGAAAAAUUAAGCAGCAUCAAAAAUAUCGAAUUGGUUGAGAAUCGUUUAAUUAUACGCAACCCAACGGGCCAAGAUACAGGGCUCUAUCGUUGUAUUGCCUCCAAUGCUGCUGGGCGUGUUAUGAGCCGAAAAGGCUACAUUUUAAAAUGGUCCAAUGUCAAGGAGUCAACAAAUUGUUUACCACGUCUAAAGAAAAACUACAUCAUUCCGGAUGGCAUGAAGGAUAUGUUUUUGUGUCGCGGCAAACGCGGAGGUGAUGCUACUACACAUGGCGGAGAUGAUAAAUUACCUGCUGCCACGGAUGUACAAAUAACCCAGCCACCUCAGAAACGUGCCACUGUCAAAGAGAAUGAUCCAGCGGAAUUAUCCUGUCAAUAUUCCAUACCGGAAAAAUAUUUGAAAAGCGCCGAGGCAUCAAACGAAGUGGUGUUGCGUUGGCGUAAGGAUGGUAAAAUUAUACGGCAAAUGGAAUUGAAUGGAGCCGGUGCAUCAUCGUCAUCGGUGUCACAACGUUCUUUGGAUGCCAACAAGGAUCCCAUGUUACGUGGUGAGGAUACCCGGGUGGCCAUCAGCAAAGACAAUGGUUCUCUGGUCUUUUCCAGUGUCAUAGCCAGUGAUGCUGGCCAAUAUGUUUGUCAAGUGGUGAUAGAAGGUUAUCGCCCUGUCACUUCGGAGCCGGGUGAACUGCAAGUCAUUGAACAAUUGAAAUUCAUGCCACAGCCUACUUCGAAAAAUCUUGAAUUAGGUUCGGUGGGUAAGGUGCAUUGUAAGGCGCAGGGUACGCCAACACCGCAAGUUAAAUGGCUUAAGGAUCUCAAGGAUGACUUGCCAGAUACAUUGGAGGACAUUAAUGGCACAUUGACUUUUAAAAAUGUCACAGCUGAACAUCGCGGCAACUACACUUGUGUGGCCAUCAAUUCGCAGGGACAAAUAAAUGCCACUGUCAGCAUUAAUGUUGUGGUUGCACCCCGUUUCCUGGUGGCACCCGAAGGACCCAUUGAGAGUGUGGAGUCCGGUGUGGCCCUAAUGCAUUGUCAGGCAACGGGCGAUCCCAAACCGACCAUACAAUGGGACAAAGAUUUACAAUAUCUGAGCGAGAAUAACACAGACCGGACACGUUUUCAUUUCUUGGAAAAUGGUACACUGCAGAUAACCAAUGUCCAGCCGGAGGAUGAGGGUAGUUAUGGCUGUACGAUUGGCAACAGUGCCGGGCUGAAGCGAGAGGAAGUGCGAUUUAUUGUAAAGGGUAAGUGAAAAUGGAAUUUAAUCCGAAAGAUAAAUAAAUAAUUUAAAUUUUUUUUAUUCACAGCCACCGGUGAUGUUGAAGUGGAACCCCAAGAAGGCUUCCUUAUCACCCGAGCCGUUUUAAUAACCAUGUCCGUGGCCUUUGCCUAUAUCAUAUUGGUUGUGGGUCUUAUGAUUUGGUGCCGUUAUAGACGCCAGGCCCGCAAGGCCCGUCUCAACGAGGGUCGUGACAAUCCCGAAGCCGGUGAAGGUGAAAAGAAUGCCGAAAAUGAACCCUGCCUUUCCGAAUCCAAAACCGCUAAAGUACGCAAAGCCAAUGGCAACAACAAUCCCAAGGCCAAUGGUGGCAAUGAUGCCCAAAAAUCUGAUGACACUGCUUGCAGCAAUCAUUCCAAAACUUCGAAAAAAUCCAAUGUCUAUGACCAACUAAGUUUCCCCCGAUCUGGAAUAACUGAACUGCUUCAAGUGGGUCGCGGUGAAUUUGGUGAUGUUUUUGUGGGUAAAAUUAAAUCAUCCCUCAUAAAAACCACUGCCGAUGAUAAAGACACCGAUACGGAAAAGAAUAGCAACAGUGAUAAUGGUAAUGGUUCAGCGGCCACAACCUCAACCACAGUGGAGAAACGCCGUUCGAAAACGUCCAUGGAUGAUAUUGAAGAAAUCAAAGAAGAACAAGAGACUUGCAGUAGUGAUAAUGAAGCGAAUGCAAAUGCCAAUUCGGAUGAAUAUAAACUGGUUAUGGUUAAGGCCUUGAACAAAAUCAAAGAUGAAACGGCAUGCCAGGAAUUUAGGCGGCAAAUUGAAAUGUUCCGCACACUGACACAUAAGGGUGUUGUACGGCUGUUCGGUUUGUGUCGUGAAAAGGAUCCACAUUAUAUGGUCUUGGAAUAUACCGAUUGGGGCGAUCUCAAACAAUUCCUUUUGGCCACAGCCGGUAAAGUCAAUACUUCCACAAAUUCCUCCUCACCACCACCUCUGCUGACGGGACAAGUUUUGGCUGUGGCAUAUCAAAUUGCACGUGGUAUGGAUGCCAUCUACCGUGCAAGAUUUAUACACAAAGAUUUGGCCACCCGCAAUUGCAUAAUUUCCAGUGAUUUCAUUGUUAAGGUUUCAUAUCCCGCCCUAAGCAAAGAUAAAUAUAGUCGAGAAUAUUUCAAACAUCGCAAUACCCUAUUGCCCAUUAGAUGGUUGGCACCCGAAUGCAUCCAAGAGGAUGAGUACACCACGAAGAGUGACAUUUUCGCAUUCGGUGUGGUGGUAUGGGAAUUAUUUACACAAGCCACCAAAUUGCCAUUCGAGGAAUUAACCAAUGAAGAGGUGAUACAGAGGAGUCAGUCACAAAAAUUGGAAUGGCAGUGUGCCGAGGGUACCCCGGAGUGUCUCAAGGAGAUAUUGACUUCCUGCUGGAAUCACAAUCCCAAAGAAAGACCAUCAUUUAGCCAAUUGGGUUCGGCUUUGAGCAAGGCCAUACAAAGUCUGGACAAGUAA